AUGGGACCAACCACCUACCCCCCCAACCUAAUCGAAUACAUCUGGCCCUGCAACCACCACGCCCAUGUCUCCGUCCAACCCGCCCCCUCCCCCAGCAUCCUCGUCGACCGCGGGGAAUUCUCUCUUCCCGCGGCUCGCCCACCCGAGGACCUAACCGAAGAAGAACGCACCGGCAUCCCCGGCCGCCGCAAAUGCUGUCGGUGCUGGGCCACCAGCAGCAUCUUCAAGCCUCUCACCGCCUGCGAAGAAUGCGAACACCCGUUCACAGGAUGUCCGACGUGCGUGGUGGUGGAUUCCUCCGGGACGAGGGAGAUCGCCACGCUCCAACGGCGUCCCGUGGGGGAAUUUGAUCAAACCCCCGAGCACUGGAGAUGUGGGACGUGUGAGCAUAUCAACACGUUUGAUGCCGAGGCGGCGGGGCCAAUCAAUGGGUUUUUGGCGCCGAUGGUGGCGGAUUAUAUGGAGGAUAUGCAGUGCCGGAAGUGUGGGGGGCAUUUUACAGAGGAGAGUUGGGUGAUGAAUCCAUUUUGGGUGUAUUUGGGGGCGUGGAAUGGGAAGGUCGUGGCGGAGGGUGGGCCGUGGCAUUGGAGUAUGGUGUGGCAUCGCGAUUGUGCGGGGGAAGGGCAUAGUAGGGAGGAGUGUUAUGCGGAGAGGAGGAAUGGGAGACGCAGGAGGGAGAAUCCGUGUAUUAACAAGAACUUUGCCGUUGAAGCGGCUGAGGCCGAGAAGGCCGCGGCGGAGUCAACAUCAGCAUCGGCAGCUGAUUCAACAACAACAGAAAAAUCAGCCCCGGCCAUUCCGCCUAUCAUGGUAGUCGACACAGACCGACACUCUCUCCCUCCGCCCUCAGCGGGUUUGACCCCUUUCCCCGAGGACCAUCACCCCGGAUUCGGCGAUCACGACCGAGUUACCAUGCCUGGGGUACCCUCCGCAGCGGCAGCUCUGCAACCAGACAACCAAGACAACCAGACCGUCGGGACAGGCGGGUUCACCAUUGGCGACUACGAAGGCACCGGGUUUGGCUCAGAUAUCGACGAGAUGCUGCCUGUGGACCGUGGUUUGGCCGUGCCUGGGGACGACGAGACGGAUGGGCCGGACUUGGGGUCGUAUUAUGAUGUGCCGAGUCGGCCGCGGUCUCCUGCUGCCCCUGUAGCGGUGGCUGGUGGAGGGAAUUAUUAUGCGCCGCUGAGGCAGGAUUUUGCGCCGGGGACGGUGCCGCCUUCUGAAGAUGGUAUGUUCUUUUCCCUUUCUCAGACUGGAAAAUGUAUUUGGUCUGGACUAACAUAA